GCUCUGCUUAUGCCCGGCGACCACGAGUGUGGGCGUGUUACUGUGGCUGUGGGCCGUAACGGGCUGCGCUGGGUGUGUCAGGGGCGGGGCUGGGCAGCGCAGGUCCCGCCCCUGUUGGCAUCUUUCCUUGUGUAGACGAGCCGCAGUUUGAAUGUGCAGGGAAGAGGCGGAGACAGCUGCAAAGUGGUGAAACGGGCACAGAAAGUGGCAGAAUCCGCUAGUAGCGCCCUGCCCGGCACCGCUGUGCCCACAGGCUCCGCAGCCAGAGGCCGCCGUGCCCCCAGCUCCACACUGCACGGGAGCCUCUAGCACGGGGCACAAAGACUCCGCUCGGACGCCGGCCGCCCAGAGCCCGUGCAGGGGCCGCUGUAGUCCCGGGGAGCUGUGAUGUUCGCGGACGCGGGCAGCCCCAGCGCCGCAUACACGGAGUAGACUCAGCGCCAGACACAAUGCCGGCUGACAGCUCCUCCAGACCGAUCCGUGCUGGCAGUGCCACCUGCCCGCACCGGGGGCUCCUCACAACCGCACAGUGAGGCUCGGGCUUCUCCGUGUCCGGCUCCCAGGGGCGGCCAGUGAGAGGAUCGCUGUUCCCGGACUCACAUGGUACUAGUUACCGGCACUCUCAGCGGAGACACUUGCCCUCACUGAGUCUCCGUGCUCCUGCCCAUUGUGCCGCUUAUUGCUCCGAUCACACCCCAGGCUCCGAUGGAGGCAGCCGGGUCAGUAAAAGCCAGGUCCGGCUCCAGAAGUGCCGGGCAGGGGAGCUGUGAUGGAGGUGUCGCCAGCCCCAGUCCCGGGUGCCUCGGGCUGACUGCAUGUGGCCGCAGCUCACCCGCCUGCCCGGAGCUGCAGCAUCAGUACAAGUUGGAUGACUUUGACACCGUGGCUACUGUGGGUACUGGGACAUUUGGUAGGGUUCAUUUAGUGAAAGAGAAAACUGCCACGCACUAUUUUGCACUAAAAGUAAUGAGCAUUCCUGAUGUCAUUCGCCUAAAACAAGAACAGCACGUACACAAUGAAAAAUCUGUCUUGAAAGAAGUAAACCAUCCGUUUCUGGUCAGACUGUUUUGGACCUCUCACGAUGAUCGCUUCUUAUAUAUGCUAAUGGAAUAUGUACCUGGGGGUGAACUUUUUAGCUACUUGCGAAACAUGGGACGUUUUAACAACAGCACCGGACUGUUUUACUCUGCAGAAAUUAUAUGCGCAAUAGAAUACUUGCACUCCAAAGAAAUUGUUUACAGAGACUUGAAGCCUGAAAAUAUAUUGCUGGACCGGGAAGGUCACAUCAAGCUAACAGAUUUUGGAUUUGCGAAGAAGCUGUCAGACAGGACAUGGACACUGUGUGGUACACCAGAGUACCUGGCACCUGAAGUUAUUCAGAGCAAAGGGCAUGGAAGAGCAGUGGACUGGUGGGCCUUAGGCAUUCUAAUAUUUGAAAUGUUAUCUGGGUUUCCUCCAUUUUUUGAUGACAAUCCCUUUGGUAUAUAUCAGAAAAUUUUGGCGGGCAAGAUAGACUUCCCAAGACAUUUAGAUUUAUACGUAAAAGAUCUCAUAAAAAAACUGCUUGUUGUGGACCGAACUAGACGGCUAGGUAACAUGAAGAAUGGAGCAGAAGAUGUUAAACGACACAGAUGGUUUAGAUCAAUAGACUGGGAUGCUGUUCCACAGCGAAAACUAAAGCCUCCAAUAAUGCCAAAAGUGUCCCAUGAAGGUGAUGCAUCAAAUUUUGAAGCUUAUCCCGAGGAUGAUUGGAAUAAAGCACCCUCAGUACCUCCUAAAGACUUAGAGAUGUUCAAAAAUUUCUAAAUGGGAAACAAAAGGGAUUUAGGACCUGUGGUUGAAAUGGAAAUAUGGUUGCGCUCAUGAAGGCUGAAGUCUCGGUGCAGAAAGAAGAUAUACCUCUUCAUGCUUAUGAUCAAAAACUGGACAAGCCAUUGACAUUUCUGUUAGCUUGGAGUCUCUGCAUAAUUCCAAAUAAUGCACUUCUCAUCGAAUGUCUGGCAGAAAACCAUGUGCAUUCCAGUACAUCGUCCUUACUGCACUACAGAUGUGUGCUAUGUAGCCAGCCGUCUUCGUGCAUCCAGUAGUGCACAAAUUGCAACAUUGGAAAGGCCACUUGGAUUGUUUUUUUACCCCUUUUAUGAAUAGUUCAAACUACAACUUUUACUUCCUUAGUGGUAGAAUAAAUUACAUUUAUGUACCAACACUUGUUAGAUGCUGAUAGGGAAUGUACAGGGGUGGUUUAAUAAGUAAGGUAACAAGACUUCUCACGUGUGUAAUGUUCUCUAUUCCAUUCUAGUUUCCCACCAGGCCAGAGCAGGAUGACACUGCUUCCCCUCACGGCACUUUCCCUUAGACUGCGCCUCAUAUCAGCCAUACUGUCCCAACAUCAGUUGUAAGAUGGCAGGGCUAGUGGAAACAGAGGUGCGAAGUGUGAUCAGAUUUCUGCAUCUAAAGGGCACAUCAGCAUCUGAAAUUCAUUGCCAACUUGCCGAGGUGUACGGUGAUAACGUUAUGUCAUGGAAAUAGGUUUGUGUGUAGUGCAGUGUUUUUAAUAGUGGCAGGACAGAUUUUAAAGAUGAGCAGUGAUCUGGCCAGCCAAUCACGUCCACCACAGGCAGUGCACCUAACCCAAACCUGCUUCUGUGAAAUGACAUUAUCUCUGUACACCUCAACAAGUUGGCGACGAAUUUCAGCUGCUGAUGUGCCCUUUAGAUGUUUGAAUCUGAUCUCACUAUGCACCUCAAUGUGUAACAAUGUUUCAUCCAGCCCUGUCUUCUUACAAAUGGUGUGAGGCGCAGUCUAAUGGCUGUUAGGGGAAGCAGCGGUCUACCUCCCCUGGCCUGGUAGGAAAUUAGAAUGAAAUUGAGAACAUUAUACACGUGGGAAGUCUUGUUGCCUUAAUUAUUGAACCACCCUCACAUUUUGAUUUGUGUAACAGGCAAUAUUCUUGUAAUAAGCAAAUCAUCUAUUUCCUAUUUGUAAAAUAAUUACAAGGCAAUUUUUUUUCCUCACUUCAUAUUUGAAAAAAAUAUGUAAGCAAAGUAAACUUAUGAAAAGGCACAAUAAAAAGUGUCAAUGUUACAGUGAUACAGUAGGAGGACCGAUUAUUAGAGACUAGAAAGUGGUUUAUGGUCUCUUCCUUAGAACACUGUGUAAUUGGAUAUUACAAAUAGCUUUCAUCUAGGAAAGCCAAGUGCCAACCACACAUAACUUAUAGCAGGUACCUUUAUGUACUUAUUUUUUUUGUGUGUAUUGAGCCCAUUUAUUCAGUAUCAUACCACUGUUUAAGGUACUGGAGAGGUCUUCCAUUAAGCACAAAAAGCCUGAGCUUUCCAAAGCUGAAAUAAGGUCAUAAUGUAUGGUCCGUUUCAUUAUAGGCUUUCAGCUGUUCUUAUGUUUUUUGUUUGUUUUUUGUACAAAUCAGAUUAAUCUAAUUUUGUUCUUUUAAUUGUGUCUAUAUAAGCACAUAUUUAGUCUGUAUAUAAAAGAAUAUACCAUGAGCACAGAAUAUGUGCAAAGAUGUAAAUGUUUGUAAUUUGCAAAGUCUGAGUUUUAUUUUUUAAAUAUUUUUUUUCCAAGACUUUGUUCAGGGAUGGGUUAAAAAUGCAUUUUUUUAAACUUUGUU